UGAUUGUGGAAAAAUGUUUCCAAAGGCAACCAAUGAUUGUAAGGUUAACAAUAAAAUAAGCUUUAUGUAUGUCCUCGUAGUGGACCCUGGUCAUUCCGUGUCAGUGAAGAUUGGGAGUCGGUCUGUCUGUCUAACUCUAGGUUUAAAUUGAAAACUCAAAUUGUAUUGUUUCAGUUUAAUCGGCGCGGUUUGAUUUGGUUCAAUCGUUUCAGAGCUAGGAGACCGUUCUUCAUUCUUCGAUCUGGGUUCAUGGGUAUGCGAGUCACUCUUCUUGCUUUUGAAAUUUUGCUUCUGCAACUGGGUUCAUGUGUUUUGAAAUUUUACUUCUGCUUCUGCAGUUCAACAUAGUCUAUGUUCUUUGCCUACUGUUGUUGUUUGCUUGGGAUAAAUAUGAGAUUUUGAUUAUUGAGUUCAUAUUUUUGGGUUGGGUUAUUGGUUAUUUUUAUUGAUUAUUGAAUCGUGAGAUGGAUUUGCGUUUUUGAUUGCUGAAACCUGUUAUCGUUGAAAUGGGUGUGUUGUUGAUUGCUGAAAUCAGAACCGAUGGACUGAAUUGAAUUGAUUUAUUUUGAUUCGAUAUGGUUUGGUUAUUUAUAAAAUUUAAUUCGGUUUUUUCGGUUUCGGUCGAAAUCGAACCGCACAAUCAGCCACCAACCAUUUCCCCUUCCUAUAAAUGCAAGCUGAAGAACAUUCCUCUUUUAUGGUCCUGACAAAUAUAUAGAUCCCAAUAUUUUCUGUCAUCACAUAAAUCUAGAUUCUAUUUCAUAGCGCUACUGCUUAUGAUGGCAGCUGGUGCGGAUGUUGCGUUAGCACUUGCUAUUGCAGGUUUGACUGAAGCAAUUAAAGUUGCAAUAAGAAAGGGAAUUUGGUCCAGGAGAACCCUUAAAAAAUCUCCAGGCAACGGUUGAGAAUGUGGUCCGAUCAUGCGUGAAGCCCUGCGGCGUGAAAAUCCUCCUACUGAUUUUUGCAAGAGGCUAGUCCGGGUGUUCCAGAAUGCUAAGGAGCUUGUUGAUAAGUACCCGACCAUCAAGAAGUGGAACCUGCUCGAGAAGUGGAAGCUCCUGAAGCUGAUCCAGGAAGUGGAUGAUACUAUUAAAAGGCUUAUGAAGCAUGAUUUACAGGCUGAACAAUAUCGCUGCCUUGUAGAACUUAACAAGAAAAUGGAUCUCGUAAUCGCCUCGUUUGGGUCAAAAAGUGAUGCAACUAAUGGAAAAGAAUUCAAUAAUGAGAGUACAGCCUAUGUGAGUUCAUCAAAGCCCGCGGCUGAGACUGACACUGAGACUCGAGGUAGGACAUCCAGUCCUGCAUUUGCAUUGCGCUGCAAAAUGAAAAAAGCAGUUGUGGAUAUUCGCAUUUGGAAAUCUGGAAAAAUGGUGUUUUUGAGGGAUUAAAAAAAAGAAAUUUUGCGAAUGAAGAGUGAAUUUUACAGUCAAAGAUGUCAAAAACAAGUUUAAAAGUUGAAGUAUGCAUUGGCCUAAUUGCGCAUAACUUGCCGCAUAAGUUGUGCAGUUCUGCACAGGGAGAAGAAGCAAAUUUUCUAUUCCUGCCGAAAUCUGCAUAAGUCACUGCAUGACAUAUGCAGACUUAAUCCUUGCUUAUGCAACUUCACACAGAAGGCCUAAAAACCUGCCGAAAACUGCAUAAAGGACUGCAUAACUUAUGCAGACCACUUAUGCAGUUUUAUAGAGUUUUCAUAAUGAGGGGCAGAAGAUUCCCACAUGAAAAACAUAUCUCAAACACACCAUUUUAGAACUAUUUGUCAGAAAAAGAUAUAAAUAGGCCCUUAUCUCAUUUUGGAAAGAGAAGGAGACAAAAAAAGGAGCAGUAGCAGGGAAAGAGUCAGAAAUUAGAGAGCAAAACGUCACCUCUCCAUUUCUAGACCAGAUUUAGAGUUUUCUUUCCUUUCUUGCAUAUUUUCUACCUUUCUUGUAUUGGGUUUCUUAGUUCUUAGCUUAUAUUUAAGAUUUAUUUCCAUAAUAACUCAGAAUUUUCUUAUAAAUAUUAUGGGUAGUGAGUAGUUUUCAUUAGAUUCUGGAGUUGGGAUGUAAUAUUUGAGAUAUUUUGUGGAUUUUGAUUGGGUAAUCAAUAUUUUGUGAUUUUAAUAAAGUUUUAUUCAUUU